AUGUCACGAGAAGAGCUCUCAGCGGCUGCCGCGCCGGUGCUGUUCCGCGACCGAUACCCACUGCCCCUCAUCGCGGAGACCCUGCAGAAUCUGGCCAAGGCUAAGUGGUUCACCAAGUUGGACGUGGUGGCCGCUUUCCAUAAGAUCCGCAUGGCUCCGGGACAUGAGGAAAGACUGCAUUUCGCACGAGCGUACCUGGAUGAUGUACUGAUCUACUCGAGCGGUUCGAAGGCGGAUCAUGAGGCUAAGGUGCGACGAGUUCUCCAAGCACUCGCCGACGCUGGGCUGCACCUAGACCCAGCGAAGUGCGAGUUUUCGGUACAAGAGGUCAAAUACCUUGGGUUCAUCGUCAACGCAGGGAAAGGAAUCGCCUGCGACCCCGAAAAGCAGCGCGCCAUCCGCGAAUGGGAGGCCCCGACCACGGUGAAGGGUGUCAGAAGCUUUCUGGGCUUCGCCAACUAUUACCGGAUCUUCAUCCCCGACUAUGCCAAGAUCACGCAGUCUCUGGAUGCCCUGCUUAAGAAAGGAACUGCCUUUCAUUGGGGACGAGCGGAGAACGAGGCGUUUCAGGAGCUGAAGCGACGAUUUUGCGAGUCACCGGUGCUCAAGCAGUGGGACCCGAGCCUCCCGACCUUUUUGGAGACGGAUUGCUCAGGCUACGCAUUGGGAGGCGUCCUGUCGCAGGAAGGCCCAGAUGGACGUCGACACGCAUGCGCCUUCUUCUCGAAGCGACUUUCGCCAGCGGAGUACAACUAUCCCAUUCACGACAAGGAGAUGCUUGCCAUCAUGAGAUGUCUCGACAACUGGAACGCCGAACUUAGGAGCUGCGGCCCAUUUACAAUCCUUACCGAUCACCGCAACCUGGAGUAUUUCGCGACACGCCAGAAGCUCACGGAACGGCAGAGCCGUUGGGCAGCCGAAUUGUCCCAGUUCGACUUCAAGCUCGAGUAUCGACCGGGAAGCGAGGCUGUCGUGCCUGAUGCGUUGUCCCGCCGUGAACAAGACAAGCCACAGGGCAUUGACGACGAGCGGGAACAAGGAAGAAUGAUACAGUUGAUACCGGAUAGUGCCAUUCCAUCAUCGACAAGAGCAUGUAUCAACGCGAUGAGUUCUGACUGUUCAGAGGCAUCCACCCUGCCGAAGAUGAAGGUCUUCGAGGUAGCGGACCUGCAGCAACUCUGGGACGAAACGGUGGCGAAGGACUCGAUAUUCCGGGCAGCCUAUAAGGCAGUCCGCGAUCGCGAGCGUGCCUUCCCGCCCUCGCUGGGCCUGAAGAUCCAGAUUUCAGAAUGUGCGAUCGACGCAGGCAAAAGGCUGACAUUCAGAGACCGUAUUUGGGUGCCGGGUGGAUCCGGAGAGGAGGGUAACCAGGAGGAAGCUGAGAAAGACCAGUUGAGAACCCGCAUUGUGCAGCAGUCGCAUGACUCUGUUGCGACCGGUCAUCCCGGCAGGAAGUCCCAGCUGGUUCGCCGGUACGUAGCCAAUUGCGACACCUGCGGCAGAGCACACAUCUGGCGCCAGUCGAAAAGGGGAUUUCUCAAGCCUCUGCCGAUUCCAGAUCGACCCCGAAGCCAUUUGUCCAUGGACUUCAUCACAGAUCUGCCGCCUACUGGACCGAGCAAGGCAAGGUACCUGUGGGUGAUUGUGGACAGACUGACAAAGGCUGUGACCCUCGAGGUGAUGGACAACAUGGAAGCUGAGCCGUGUGCAAACCGUUUUCUCCAGUGUCAUUACCGAUUUCACGGAAUGCCACGGUCCAUCGUCAGCGACCGCGGGAGCAACUGGCUAAGUAGGUUCUGGAAGAGGUUCUGCCGUCUUGCAGGUGUCACGCAGAAAUUGAGCACGGCCUAUCAUCCUCAGACGGACGGAGGGCCAGAGAGAAUGAACCAGGAGAUCGAGGCCUACCUGAGAGCCUACGUGUCGUACGUGCAGGACGACUGGGAGAACUGCCCUGCCGCGCAGCUGGCACUCAACAAUCGUGAAUCCGCAGCGACCAAGAUCAGCCCCUUUUUCGCUGAGCAUGGUUACCACGUCGAUCCCAUCAGCGUCGAGGAAUCGGAAGAGCCACCGAGGCAUAGAGAGGAAAGCAGAGCUGAUAGCCUACUCAGUCGCCUGCAGGAGGUCAAUGAGUACAUGCAAGCAGUGAUGGCCUCCUCACAGCAACAACAAGAAGAGGCUGCCAACGCAAAGCGACAGCCUGCGGAGCGAUUUGAAGUUGGUGACAAGGUGUGGCUCUCGAUGGCAAACUACAGAUCGCCACGACCGUGCAAGAAGCUCGACUGGCUGCAUCACAAGUACACAGUCACGAAGGUAAUUAGUUCGCACGUUGUUGAGCUCGAUGUUCGUGGCUCAAUUUACCCGCGAUUUCAUGUAGAUGACGCACAGCCACCACCGGUACAAGAUGAGUCCGGCACGAAUCUGUGGGAUGUCGACGAGAUUCUCUGCGCGAGAUGGAAGAAGCGGGGACGAGGGGAAUUCAGGCAAGCACUAGUGCGAUGGACGGGCUACGCAGAGCCGACUUGGGAGCCAGUUGAGUGGUUGCAAGGAACAAUUGCGAUGAAGGCAUUCGAGGACAAGUACGGGCCAAUCAAGACCAAUGAUGGCCCUAGGAGAGGUACGAGACGCUGGCAGGAACGCAAGAACCCGCAGACGCCGACCUGGUCGGAGGGGACAAGGGGGUAA